UCGUUCUGCCAGCAGCUCUGCGGCUCAUUCAGCAGGGCCUGUUAGAGGGAGGUUCUUUGGGCUGUGAGACUUGCCUACACCUAGUUCCACCGCCACAAGAGACUUGACCAUAGUGUCAGCUUCAGUGCAUACGGAGGCGACCGCACAGCUCCCUCGCUUUGAAGUUUUCUUAGUGAGGGUACUCGUUGCGGAUAUCGAAGGGCAAGCGGCGUGUGCUUGCUUCUCGGCCUUCUCACUUGAUUGAACGCACCAGGCUCAGUAGUUGUUCCAAAUAGUCCGAAGCAUUCUAAUUGCUUGCAGUCGAACUUAUCACAUCCAGAAAAUGGCUACACCUUUCCACUUCCAGCCGUUACCCAUCCCUUCGCAAACGCCGCCUCCCCCCGGGAAUGGCUCCUUCUGGCCUCUCAUACAGCAGCAGUCCCAGGCACCUUCUUCACCCGCAACUGAACCUCCCUCUACCACGCCUGCUGGUCCCCCAGUGUCAGCCGCGCUUCCCUCUGCACCGCUUUCAACCGCACCUCAUGCUGCAGGACCUGGAUCUUCGCAGGCUCUUAUGGAUGCGCUUAAUCUCCUGCAGCAGAACAUUGGCGCUCUACAGUCGCUCAUUCCGCUCAUGUCGCAGCAGCCACCGAUCCCCACCGCUGCGGACCAGCUCCAGCAGCAGCAGGAUGCAGCGUCCGUCGGCGUGGCGUCCGUGAUCUCCCAACUCGCCAUGGCUGCCGCCAACAUUCUUCCGCAGGCCGGACUCUCCCCCCCCAUCAACGGACUUCCACCUGCCGGCCUCACUCCCCCAAUCAACGGCUUCUCCCCUCCUGUCUACGCCGGCUUUCCGCAACCCGGCAAUUUCGCUCUGUCCUCGCUUCCGCCUGCUGACAACGUGGCACCAAUCAAUCCUUACCCGACGUCUGCCUUUGCCAGUGCAAUUCAGCAACCCCUGGUGCAGCCGCAGCAGCAGCAGUCGCCGGCGGCAGUUGGGGAGCCAUGGCGACCAGCGGUACCAGUUGAGCAGUGUGCUGCUGCGGCUCCAGAACCCAAGCUCUUCGGAAGACCGCUUUUACCUCAGAAGCGGAAGGUCGGGGAAUUGCCAUCCUACACGAUUGAAGCUGACGGCGGAGCGUCUCUCGCGGCGAAGAAGCAUGCUGCUGCGUGGAGCCCGAAGGAGACCGGUGUUGUUGACGGGGCUGCUGCAAUCGCGGAUGCGGGACUGGACGAGGAGAACGACGAGGAGUCGCCGCUUCCAGCGGGCUCGUUCGACAUUGUUGAGAUGGACCCGGUGGAGCUGCUGGCGGAGCACACCCACUUCUGCGAGAUUUGCGGCAAAGGGUUCAAGCGUGACGCCAAUCUCCGCAUGCACAUGAGAGGCCAUGGCGACGAGUACAAGACACCAGAGGCGCUUGCAAGGCCGGGCAAGAACCCCGCUGAAGGCACCGGGCAGCGCCAGAAAAGGUUCAGCUGCCCGUACGUUGGCUGCAAGCGGAACCGCGUACAUGCCCGCUUCCAGCCGCUCAAAUCCGUGCUGUGUGUGAAGAACCACUACCGUCGCACGCACUGCCCCAAGAUGCUGGCGUGCUCCAAGUGCGGUGCAAAGCGGUUCUCGGUGGUGGCGGACCUGAAGACUCACGAGAAGCACUGCGGGCGCGACCGCUGGCUGUGCUCUUGCGGCACGUCCUUCAGCCGCAAGGACAAGCUCGCCGGCCACCUCGCGCUCUUCAAGGGCCACCACGCAGUCACUGCUGCUGAUACCCUUACGGAUGCGGCUAUUACAGCAGAGGCAGCUGGAGCUGCUCUUAUUGAAGGCACAGGCACGUUCUCCCCUACACGUGCCUGUGUAGCUUCCUCCCCCCUAUCUUUUCCUCCAUCCCUGGAUCUUUCAAGCAGAGGAACGCUGCCUUUUGAGCUGGGGAUGGAAGGUAGUGCAGCAGAGGCAGGCCCUGCUGUGAGCUCUCAAAGCACGAAUGUGGACGCUGGGAAGCGUCGCGGACGUGGGGGGAGUGGUAACCACUGGUCAAGUAACGACGGUCUCUCUUCAAGCUUGAACUUAAACUGCACAGCAGCAGCCCUGCAUGAAGGGGAUACGGAAGAGAGGGAAGUGGUGCUGUACAUGCAGCCACCCAGUGUACAGCUAUGCAGUGGACAAGUGAUAAAUGUGCAGAAGAGUGAGGAGAGGGAUAGAGGUUUUGUACUCUAGUCCGCCAAAUUCAUUCGCUUGUUAGCUGCUUUUUUAGUUUUAUUUACUGUGUUCCUCAUGCUGCGUUUCCAAGUUCAACAUUAAUAUUGUGCCU